GACAUUAAUCAAAUUCAGAAAAGUGCAGAACAGAACAAACGAAAAAAGAAUUACGUUUUUAUUAUUAAAAUGUGAUUUUUAUAAACGGUUGAAAUUCAAAACAAUGGCUGUUAACAUUGAGAGCUGCGAAAGCUUACCUCCCGAUGAGGAGCCGAAGCUAAAAUACGAUAGAAUGGAAAAUGAUUUAUUGAAUAUUUUACUGAAAGACGCUGUCAGUUGUAUUUGUGUUCAUACCAAAUUCAUCUGUAUCGGAACACGUUGGGGUGUGAUACACCUGCUAGAUCACGAAGGUAACAUAGUUGCUAUAUCCCAGGACGGGAAGCCUGAAUUCCAGGCUCAUACUAUCGCUGUCAACCAAAUAUCUGUAGACCAAAAUGGGGAUUACAUAGCGAGUUGUUCAGACGAUGGUAAAGUUGUCGUAUAUGGAUUGUACAGUAAUGAUAACACGCACAACCUAAAUUUAGGCAGGGCAGUGAAAUCAGUUGCAUUGGAUCCUUGCUACUUCAAGUCAGGUUCAGGAAGAAGAUUUCUUACAGGUGAUCACAGAUUGACACUAUAUGAAAAAUCAUUCCUCAAUCGAAUACGAACUACAGUAUUACAUGAAUGCAAGGGAAAUGUACAAGCCAUGUCCUGGCAAGACAGGUUUGUAGCAUGGGCAAGUGAAGUUGGGGUCCGUGUCUAUGACCUGGUUGCUAAAUGCUCUCUAGGUCUCAUCCAAUGGGAAAAGAACCCAAAUAGAUCUAUUGAAGACUACCGCUGCAACCUUCUCUGGUCUGCUCCUAAGACUCUAAUGAUCGGCUGGGUCGAUACCAUCAGGAUAUGUGUCAUCAGAAAGCGAAGUCAAAUUGAAUUACAGACUCGUGAUGUCACAGAAUACCUCGUGGAUCCAAUAUAUACCUACCAAAUAGAUUAUUUUAUAGGAGGUCUGGGCCCUUUGGACGAUCUAUUAGUUUUAUUAGCUGUUCCAAAAGAAUGCGAUCCCAAAACCGGAAAGUCGCAAAUGCCCGUUUUAAUAGUGGCGAAUUAUAAAGGCUGCGAAUUCUGCGAGAUAUCUUGGGAGACUUUAGACAUAAGGGGCUACCAAGAAUAUAACUGUAAUGAUUACCAUUUAGAUAUGCUUAUAGAAGAAAACAGAUUUUUUAUUGUUUCCCCCAAAGACAUUAUCAUAGCGAGCCCUUACGACAUUGACGAUAGAGUCACUUGGUUGACCCAACAUAGAAGGUUCGAAAAAGCUAUUGCUGUGUUGGAAGAGGUCGGUGGUAAAACUUCUAAGCACUCCGUGAUGACGGUGGGCGUACAGUAUUUAGAUCACUUGCUCUCUGAACAUCUUUAUCAAGAGGCUGCCAUUCUCUGUGCCAGAAUAUUUAAAAACGAUAAAGUUUUAUUAGAAAAUCAAAUAUUAAAGUUUGCCGGCGUCAAACAACUUAGAACUAUAAGUCCCUACGUGCCGAAGACGCCUGAACAAGCUUUGAGUCCUUACAUAUACGAACUAAUACUUUUCGAAUACCUCGAAGUGGAUUCACGAGGAUUUUUAAAAAUAAUUAAAGAAUGGAAUCCAACUCUAUACAAAACGAGCGUCGUUAUAAACAAAGUAAUCGAACAUUUGUUAAACACCGAAGUUGACACGAACGUGUAUCUGGAAACCUUAGCUUUACUUUACUGCCACCAAAAGCAAUACGAUAAAGCGCUGACAACAUUCUUAACAUUGCAACACAAGGAUGUAUUCAAAUUGAUAACAGACCACGAAAUCUAUAACAUCAUACAGGACAAGAUACUCGAUCUAAUGACGCUAGACUGCGACCAGGCUAUAUCGAUACUCUUGAAUAACACCAAAAUCCCUGUUGAGGUCGUCGAACAACAACUGGCAAAUCACGAAGAAUAUUUGUAUAAGUACUUAGACGCGUACAGCAAGAUGGAACCGAACGGUCGAUACCAUGGAAAACUGGUUCGUCUAUACGCCAAAUACAAUAAAGAAAAAUUGUUGCCUUUCUUAAGAUGCAGCGAUAAUUAUCCCAUACAGGAAGCUUUAGACGUGUGCCAGGCCAACAAUUUUUUCCCAGAAAUGGUUUUUCUACUCGCGAGAAUCGGCAACACCAAGGAGGCAUUGCAGAUAAUUAUCGAACAGUUAAACGACAUAAACCAAGCCAUAACUUUCUGUCAAGAACAAAACGAUAUGGAACUUUGGAUAGAUCUGAUACAGCAGACGGUCGACAAGCCCGAAUAUGUCACUUUACUUUUGAAAAGGAUAGGGAACUACGUGGACCCGAGGAUGUUGAUACAGAACAUCAAACCGGGUUGCGAAAUAAAAGACCUCAAAGAGUGCUUAGCCAAAAUGAUGUGCGACUAUCAUCUGCAGCUAUCAGUGCAGGAAGCCUGCAAAGUCAUUACGCUGAGGAACUACUUUGAUUUGCAUGAAAAGCAAGUGAUGGCUCAACAACGAGGCAUAUCGGUGACUGACGACUUCCUCUGCUGCGUUUGUCACGGGCGGAUCAUAAUAAGGGACAUGUCGAAUGCCUCUGACCUUCUAGUUUACAAUUGCAGACAUUCCUUCCACGCCGGCUGCCUCCCGGAAGGGGACCAGUGUGCUGUUUGUAAUGCGGUCAGAAUGUGACCCAUAUUUAUUGAGCUCAAUCAUUUUGAAAUCAAAAUUUGACUAAGCAAGGAUAGAAGUGGUCUAAAUACGAAUAUGAAUAAUAUUUUUUUUGUUUUUAUUAUAAUGAUUUGAUCUGACGCAAUAUAUCGCCAUCUUAAUUAUAUAAAGCCCUAAGUCAAUAUGGUCUGCUGGCGAUGGAAGAUUUUAUAUUUAAAACCGCCUCAAAUCACUAAUAUAAUUUUAGUCGUAGCGAUAUCCAUACACACCGAAGGACAACCUCAAUAAAUAAAAUAAGUACAUCUGUUCCUAUUACACACAAUUGUGUAAUAACAGAGACCGCUCUAAAAUGUUAAAUUCUUAAUAUUGUUUAUAAUUGGUUCGAUGUUUCGGACACCCAGACUACGCUACUGUAAGGUAUUGUCCUAAUAUUGGAUCGCUUCUAAUCUUUGUUAGAAACAUUUGUACAUACAUAUACUCAUGGUCCAUUGUAAUAAAAUAAUAUGGUUU